AUGGGUCUGCUGGCGGCGGCGCGGGGCCUGGUCCGGGGCGCGGACCGCAUGAGCAGGUGGACGAGCAAGCGCGGCCCGCGCACCUUCUGCAAGGGCCGCGGAGCCAAGCGCACCGGCGUCCUCGCCGCGGACUGCAAGUUCGUGCAGGUCAAGGAGAUGGUGCCGGAGUUCGUGGUCCCGGAUCUGAGCGGCUUCAAGCUCCGGCCCUACGUGAGCUACCGCGCGCCCGCGGGCACGGACGCGCCCCUCACGGCCAGGGGGCUCUUCCUGGACGCGGUUGCACCUGCUGUCGAAAAGGACUUCAGAGAUGGCGCCUUCGAUCCCGACGACCUGGAGAAGUAUGGCUUUGAGCCCACGCAGGACGGCAAGCUCUUCCAGCUGUACCCCAAGAACUUCCCGCGCUAGAGCCAGCGAGCAGCGGCGCACGACGCAGGGGGUCCCCUCUCGCAGGCCCCGUGUCCCCAGGGCGUGACAGCUGUCGCCCUCGUUCAUUUCUAUUAAAGGCCUUUGCUACCCUG